UUUCUGUACUUCAACUGAAUUUUCUUUGUGUUCACUGUCAGGAAAAAAGCAUCAUUUUGUCAGGGUGGAAAUCUUUCAGUAUCAUGGACACUGUGAAGAACGCUCAAAGUGGUCAGAUUUCUUGGAUUGACCCAUACGUCUAGGGACAAUUGGAUGAUCCUUGUUUGUAUUUGGAAGCUUUACAGUGUUAAAAUAAAUUUGUUCCUGUUCUCAACAAAAUUAAUACUGAUUUUCUGUUUUUGGUGUAGUAGUCAUGCUGCUUUCCCUCAUUUUGAAAUUUUACCACCUCUCUCGCGUUAAUUUCCUUUAUCGUGUAGCAAAUUUAUUUUCAAAUCAUGUUAAUUUUAGUCACGUUAAUUUCAAGUACGUUAAUUAACACAAGCAUUAAUUUCCUAUAAUAAGGUAUGUCUUAAUUUCAGCAAGAGGAUUUCAAGUUUGGGUUCUGGAGGUUUAUUGAAUCAGUUAUAGGCUAAUAAUGCACCUGCAUGAUGUCAUCCUCUUACUAGACAGUGCAAAAAGAAUUCAUUUUGCUUAGUUCUUUUAUUAUUUUUAAAUUUUUCCUCCACAGUAGGGUUUAGAUAACAAUUUUCCUAGCUAGCAUGAGAAAAAGAACCUUAGCUUCACUCUGCUUACAGCCUUCUGUUUCCUUUACAGAGUUCACUUACAAGAAGCAUGUUUUUACUUACUGAUAACAUCCUGCACACUGUAACUUUAUUACUUUCAAACAAGUGUCUUUUUCAACCAAAUUAUAUUAACAUGCUUAUUUCAAGUCAACGUCAACAGACCACCAUCUGCUGCUCAGCAUGGUGUUUAUACCGCCAGCUGCAGAGGACCUCCAACACAGGCAAUCACUGCAAUGAAACCACGACCAUUCAGUGCGAAGGCUAGAAUAACAACAGAAAGGGUUGCCGAGAAGACAACCACAGCACCUAAAACAAGACCCCCCUGGAGGCCAUUCUCUGGUCAUGCUGCACUUGGCAGACCAACUCCACUGAUCAACAAGAAUCCUGACAAUGCCAAUGUUAUGACAAAGGAAGAACUUCAUUAUGACUUACCUUCACUUUCAAAAGUCUAUCAAGACAGGUGUCUACCCAGAGGUCUUGUAACUUUACAGGAGUGGCUGACAGAAGAUGUUCCUAGUGACUGGCCUGCUCAGCUUACAGCAAAGCACAGUUUUGUAUUCCUUGAACAUGUUCAGAUGGACAAUCUGCAAGCUGUUCCACCUGUUCAGCAGCCUGAUGAUUUAUUGAUCUAUACUCCAGUACCGCAAAUUAAGGUACAUUAUAUAUUAAUAAGUUGACUUAUUCUUAAAGUUUGAUUAGUUCUUACUUAUGAUCUAUUAGAGGACAGAAAAUUCUAGAUUUGUUUCUUUAUUAUAUAAAAUACAGUGGAACCUGUAUAUAAUGGCCCUGUAUUAAGCGGUCACCCUCUAUUAAGUAGCCAGUUUUCAAGGUCCGGAUUUUUCGUUCACACAAAGGCUGUAGUUUUUCCUGUAGUAGGCAGCCACCUCUAUUAAGCA